ACCUCUCUCUUCCUCCUUUUUUCACUUUCCCCCAUCAAAAGGCGCAUCAACAAGCAUAGCGCGGGGAUAAAAUCUCUCUUCAGACACCCGGCAAAGCUUCGACAAUGGCGGCCUUUCUCAUCUGAAGAGAAACCAUUCUUUUCAUUUCUCUACGCUCUCUCUCUCUCUCAUGCCUCGAAACGACGUAGCUUCUCAGUGAGGAAGAUGAUGAACUUGUUUGUCUUCUCUGCUUUGUUUGCUUUUUGUUUCGUUUCUCUUCCGUCUUCCGUCGCUCUAUCACGUGAUUCAUCAUCCUCUGCCGCCGCCGCACAGGAUCCGCUUAAGCUCAUACUAGGAUCACCUAAUUUUGGAUCAUGGAAAGGAGUAAUCUCAGCGGAAUCGUUAGCACCAGGACCUUCAGCUGAUUUUUCUGAUUACCUCGUCUUGGCAGCUCACAGAACCAAGAGACCUGACAUUCUCAGAGCCUUUAAGCCAUACCUUGGAGGCUGGAACAUCACCAACAAUCACUACUGGGCUUCUGUUGGAUUCACAGGUGCUCCUGGUUUCAUCCUAGCUGCUGUCUGGAUCUUAUCUUUCGGCUCUCUUCUUGUUGUAUAUCAUUGCUUCAAAUGGAGGGUAUGCGAGAAAGCUAAAGGAUCGUCAUACAAUUCAAGAAGAAUCUGUCUCAUCUUGCUGAUAGUUUUCACCUCUGCUGCUGCGGUGGGAUGCAUUCUUCUGUCUGUUGGACAGAAUAAGUUUCAUACCGAAGCUUUGGAUACUCUUAAGUUUGUGGUAAACCAAUCAGACUACACCGUGGGGAUCUUACGGAACGUGACUCAGUAUCUCUCCCUUGCUAAAACGAUUAACGUGACGAGCAUUUCCGUUUCAUCUAAUGUAUUGGGUGAGAUCGAGAAGCUAAACGUCAAUCUGAAAGCUGCAGCAGAGACGAUAGAAGAGAAAACAAGAGAUAAUGCCGCUAAGAUUAAGAGAGUUUUCUAUGCUGUGAGAUCGGCUUUGAUCACGGUGGCUACUGUGAUGCUCAUCCUCUCUUUUCUUGGUCUUUUGCUUUCUGUCCUCCGCCAUCAACACGCUAUUCACAUAUUCGUUGUGAGCGGGUGGAUACUGGUGGCUGUUACAUUUGUUCUCUGUGGAGUCUUUCUCAUCCUAAACAAUGCAAUUUCAGAUACGUGUGUAGCCAUGAAGGAAUGGGUUGAUCACCCUCACGCAGAGACAGCACUAAGCAGCAUCCUCCCAUGCGUCGACGAGCAAACAACAAACAAAACUCUCACUCAGAGCAAACUCGUCAUCAACAGCAUCGUCACCGUCGUGAACACCUUCGUCUACGCCUACGCCAACACAAACCCAUCACCAGGUCAAAAUUUCUAUUACAAUCAAUCUGGUCCCCCGAUGCCUCCUCUUUGCAGCCCCUUCGAUGCCAACAUGGAAGACCGCGAGUGCGGCUCCUGGGAACUGUCAAUAGGAAACGCAUCAUCGGUGUGGGAGAGUUACGUAUGCGAGGUGACGGAAUCCAAUAUCUGCACAACGGUGGGGAGAGUGACGCCUGAUGCAUACAAGCAGCUGGUGGCGGCUGUGAACGAGAGCUACGCUUUGGCGCAUUACACGCCGCCGCUGCUUAGCUUUAGGGAUUGCAACUUUGUGAGGGAUACGUUUGAGAGUAUUACAUCGGACUACUGUCCGCCGUUGGAGCGUAAUCUGAGGGUUGUGAACGCGGGUCUGGGGAUGAUCUCUGUUGGAGUGUUGCUGUGUUUGGUGCUGUGGGUAUUCUAUGCGAACCGCCCCCAAAGGGAGGAAGUGUUUGCGGGUCCACACCGGCCUCGAGUAAAAGAUCUUGGAUCUGGUAACGGCUUGGAAAAUGGUCACUCAGGUGAUGAAACUAAGAUCGUGUAGUAUACAGGUAUAGAUAUAGGUAGAAUCAAUUAUAUGUUGUAUUUUUAUAUAACAAGAAUAGAUAAUAAAAAGUCAUUGUGUAGCGUUCAUGUAAUAUUAGUAAGUAAGAAGAGACUAGAAGUGGAGCGAAGUUUCACUUUCUGGCUUUUGUAUCCUUA